CUCUUGUUUGUCCUUCAGGUGCGUUUGAGCUGACCGAUCCCUCUGGACUCCCCGCCGGCCAUAUUACAGUGGCGCUGCAGUGGAAGUCCCCUUACCUCCCUCCACCAGGCUGCGUCAUGUCUGCGGAGGAGCCAGAGUUCAUCCCAAAAGAGAAGUUAACGGCUGAGCCAAAGCAGGAACAGCACAGUGUGGAGGAAGAGGAGGAAGCCAAAGACCUUUUCCAUCUCUCCUCCUCUCUGCCUGAGGUCGCAGCCGUCAGCUCUAAGGCACCGCUGCCAAAGCUCAGACAGAAGACAAAAGAGGGAAUGAUGGCCAAAAAGGUCACGUUUGUAGAUCCCACAGCUGCGAAUGACCAGGUCGAGGACAAGACCUCUCCAGGUCCCAGAGAGACGGCGUCCUCACCUGUCGUACAGGUUGCGUCAGAAGCGACUCCUCAGUGCGCCGCGGAGGAAGAGGAAGAAGAGUCUCACUUCUCUGAAGGACAGCUGCUGCCAACAAGCUCUCAGUCCUGCUCCGACGACUCUGAGAUCUCUGAGGAAAUCACAGAAGAUGUUGAGGAGGCUCCAGCGGCCAAAGAGGAUCAGAGUGAAUCGACUCAGUCCGACAGCGAUGACUGCAUUGUUCAUGGACCGGCCACGGGGAGGAAGACCUCCGAGCGAGUGCGGGUGGAAAUUCUGUCCCUGAGCUUGAGGCCGGAGUCUCGGGUGGCGAGGGACGGCAGCGUGGUGCGUCUGUUUGUGGAGUACUCCCUCCUGGAUCUGCCCACGGAGGAAACCCCGCUGUCUCUACCCAAACCCCCCCGGGGCAAGAGCAUCAACUUCAACUACAGCAAAGUCGUUCCCGUGGACGCAGAGAACAACGGCGCGAGGCGGCGGCUGCUGAGGGGAGUCCUGCAGGGCAGAAACCCCGACAUGGAGAGAAUCCGGUUCACGGUGGUGAGCGAACCUCCGGAGGAAGAGGAGCAGGAGAGGGAGUGCGAGGACGUGGGAGUGGCCUACCUCAGGAUCCCCGAAAUCCUGGAGACGCAACAAGACCUGACCGAGACCAGCCUGAAGGUGUUUGAUGUGGAGGACAGCAGCGAGGUGGUCGGCAGUCUGACUGUGACUGUGGAGGGUCUGGAGGCUCUGCGGGCCAUCAUGGAGGACCAGGACCAGGACCAGGAGCGAACCCCCGUCUCCUCUCUGCUUCAGUCAGCAUGAGGCAGCGUCUCCGACAGGGCGGGACGACUCGCUGCUCAGAGAACGGGGUUUAUGUUGAGGUGUUUGGUGGAUAUCAAACAUGUGGUCACUGAACAGCGGUUUCUCUGCUCAGGAAGAACAGAUCGUGUUAUUUUGCAGGUCAAAACAAAUGUCGGUUAAACACCGAGCUAAACUUGGUGGAAACACGUCUCGUCUGUCUGUCCUCCAUUUUAGUUUCUGACCAGAUAUCUGCAGAACUUAAAGACAUAGCCAUCUGACGGUGAACACUAAAUAUCAGCAUGUUAGCAUUCAGCUGAAAGCUCAGCUGUGUGGAAGUCGCCUCAAAGAGGAUCUGUUUCACUUUGACAUUCAGAUUGAACCCAGUUUUCACCACAUGCAUGCUCAGGAUGAGGCGGAGCUUCUGUCCCUGUCAUGUCGGCAGAUAAACAGGCAGCGCGUGGACGUCUCAAUAACACCUGAAGAUGAAGUGUAGCUGCCUGUUAGAGAGGACUGUACUGUACUACAGAUCUUAUUUAAUGUUACCGUGUCCUCACAUCUAUUAUGAAGUCAGCUGUUACAAUGCUCUGUUUUUGAACGUGAAAAUAAUAUUUGCCUUUUGUACUGUGUUGAAGCACUGCAGUUAUUUAAUGGACUUGGGGUUUUAUUUUCGGCAGGAGGGAUUUGUUAGUGAGUCUUCAGCUGCUGAUGUUUCCUGCAGUUUCAGGUCUGAGCUCCCCGUCUCUGGCAGGUCAGCAGCAGUUUGAUUUAAUUUUGGGUGUAAGAGAGUCUCAGCGCACCUGCAGAAUAAUUUUUGCAGUGUUGUCUAUAGGAGGGAAAGAAGUCUCACAAGCGUGCCUUAUAUUUGAGAUUUCCUGUAUGAUGUUUUGUAUUGUGCUCUAAUAAAGAGUGUUUUUCUGUA